ACCCCCAUUUUAUGCUCCCAUGACCAUGGACGUAUCCGGCCCCCGCAGUGCAGCCCUUGCUGUGGGUCUCUGGUGUAGUUGUAGGACUAUCGGAGAGGUAUAAGAAGGGCGUAAAGGAAAAGCACCAGGCACUCUGUCCUGACCAAGAGUCAGGACGGAUCUCUUAAAGCCAGUUUUGGAACUGACAAGAGUAGCUUGGAUGUCAUCUUCACUAAAGUGUCUCUUCAGCUACUUAAACCACCGUUGAUGCAAAUGACUGUGUUUCAUGUGUUUAGCUCAGCACAUUAUGAUUCUUUGUCAAUGGCUCCUUUAGUGAUGCAGCUUUUUAGGCUGUGAAACUGAGCGUGUGUUUGACAGAUCUCCAAAAUGGACAACAUAACAGCCGACGCUAAUGUGGGACUCAAGCUCACUUGCAACAUGACCGGGCACCACAAUUUCAUCUUCACGUUCAUCCCGGUAGUCUAUAGCUGCAACUUUAUCAUCGGAAUUGUAGGCAACAGCUUGGUAGUCACUGUCAUCUACUACUGUUUGAAGCUGAAGACCGUUGCAAACAUAUUUGUUUUGAACUUAGCAGUGUCAGAUUUGACUUUCCUCCUCACCCUGCCUAUUUGGGCCAUAAACACUGCAACAGGCUACCACUGGCUCUUUGGAGACUUCCUAUGUAAAGCCAUUGCUGGUAUGAUCCUCCUUAAUCUAUAUACUAGUAUUUUUUUCCUCACUGCUCUCGCCAUUGACCGGUAUCUGGCCAUCGUUCAUCCUGUCAAGUCCCGACGGUGCCGUACGGUGGUUUACGCCCGUGUGACGUGCGUCUUGGUUUGGGUAGUGGCUUUUCUUUUAAGCCUUCCCACAGCCGUUAUCCGUAGGACCCAUUUUAUCCAGGAUAACAAUGUCACUGUAUGUGGCAUCCUAGAUGGAGAAGAUCUUCGCAAUGUGCUGGUAGCUCUCAGUCUGAUGAAGAGUGUUCUUGGGUUCCUUCUGCCCAUCACCAUCAUCCUCACAUGCUACUGCCUGAUCGGUCGGUCUCUGCUCAAAGCACGGGACAUUCAGAGGAAUUCGAGAUCGAAAGGGGAUGAGGUGUUGAGCAUGCUGGCCGCUGCCGUGCUGUCGUUUUUCCUUUGCUGGACACCACAUCAGAUCUUCAACUUCAUGAACAUGCUUGUCCUGCUGAAAGUGAUCACCAACUGCGAUGUCAUUGAGAUCAUUGACACUGUAAUGCCGUUCACCAUUUGUAUUGCCUUUUUCAACAGCUGUAUGAACCCAAUCCUGUACAGUUUUGUUGGGAAGAACUUUCGCAGGAACUUGCUGAAGCUCUUGAGGUGUUCCUCGACUUCUGUGGCCUAUCACCCCACCCUCAGUACCAAGAUGAGCUCUCUCUCGUAUCAAGCCUCGGAGUCAUUCCACCUCUCUGUCAAUAAACAGUCCUCACUACCUCAAGCCACAUGAGAACAACAGGACGUGAAUGAAUCUCCAAUGAAUCAUCUUUCUAAACUCACUGAUUCAAUUCAGAAGAUGACUCUGGCUUAUUGUGUUGUUGCUUGAAACUGUAAUGGGAACAAAAUGUAGUGAUUCAUCUUUUUGUCUUUUAGGGCAUUGUGUGUUCAGUGUAAAUAUACUGCAAAGGAUUUAUUAUCGACAUGCUGGUAUGUGUAAUUAUAAUAUAUGUCAUUCAUCUAAGCUGUUAAAGUGUGAUUUGUGUAUGCUGAAUAUUGUAAAAUGCUGUAUUUUCCACCUGUGUGAUAAAUGAAUGAAAUUUUAAUCAUUCUACACACUGAACAGCCGUAUUUUUACUGUUUUUAAUCCGACAUGGGUUCCUGUGUCUCACAGCUCCACUGAACAGACCAAGGGUUUACAAGGUUUUUUUGUCACAUACCCCUAAAUAUAAUGAUCUCCUUCCGAGAGACCUCCUUUCUAAAAUAUAAAAGGCAACUCGUGGUUUAUCAAUUUAUAAUUGAUAUAUAACAAAAAAAUUGUAUACAUUACCUUAAUAUUAAAUUAACAAUACGUUUCUAUAAACUACAUUUUUUCCUACACAGAUGUAAGUUACACUAUUGACUGUAAUAAUUGUAUGUUAUUCAUUUAUUGUUUCACUAUGAUAGUCUCAUGAUUUCUGACCAGUCUUAAGAAAGCAGAAUAAAACAGUGAUAGUA